UCACUAUAGAUAAAUGAAGAGAACAACCAUUCAACCAUUUGAACUACAUCGUUCACCAAAAGGGAACACAAUACAACAUGUUCAUCACAUUGUUCAAAUAAUAUUAAAUUGCCACAAGUAAAAAAAUCUACAUUUCUGGCUUCCUCCUAAUCAUUAUGUUCUUGGAUAGUUCUGUUACUGCAUGAUUAUCAAUCCACUUAGCAGCAUAGAAGGGCACAUGUGUGUCUUGGUGUUAAUCUUCGCCUGGAAUGGACUGGAUAUUUAUUAGGGACUAGAGAUAUCAUAUUUAGUUAGCAUCGACAGCCAUUUAGCAUCGCCCGCUUCCUGGUCGCUCUCGCGGGCUGCCGGAAGCGAACCCUAGCCGUCAGCAGCGCCGCACCCACCAACCACGCCUCCCCUCGCCGCCGCCGGACGGCGUCGCCGGGCAAAGCCCGUGCGGCUCGGCGGCGGCGGGGCGCGGGCCGUUCCUCUUCGGCGGGAGCUCGGCCGGCGGCUACGCUGGCUCGAGGCGGCGCGGCGAGGCUGUGCAAGGGCGGGCCAGGCACGCUUCGAGCUGGAUCUGCGUGCGGCGGGGCGUCGCGCCCGUCCGCGAGGGCGCGUGGUGGAAUAGGCAUCGGCGAGAUCUGCGAGGGCACGCGGAGUGGAGCGGGAUGGGGCAUGGCAGCGAGGCCAUGCUGCGUGGGCGCCAGGGCGUGGUCGCGGUCCAGACGGGAGGGAGUUCGGCCCGGGGCGUCUUCGGUGGUCGAGUGCAGCGCUGCUGCUCGGGUGCCCUGUUCCACGGGUGUGGCUGCUUGGGUGCUCUGCACGGCGGCGUGCAAGGAGCUGAGCUGGGAAAAGGCGGUGCGACGGCUGGUGGUUCGGCGCGGAGGCGCACUGGAGUUGGCAUGCCCGAUCUGCGCUUCGUGCGAGAGCUUCGGCUUUGGAGGUGGAUCUGAGGCUUGACUGUGGUUAUGAGGCUUCGUGCGAGAACUCUUUUCCGUUUUUUUUUUUUUACACGUCUUGGUUUAACAGCUACUACCUCCUUCCCGGUUUAUAGGACUUGUGUGUAUUUCUAGAUCUAUAAUUUAACCAUCAUAAAAUGAGUUGCAUAAUCUAAAAAUUAUAACAUUAAAAAAUUGAUGAUUCAAAGUUUUUAAUUAUAUAUUUUUUGCGA